GUCACUUCCGCCGCCCUCCUUUCAUCGGCUCCAAGAUGCUGGACGGCAGCGAAGUGCAGCUGUUGGUUCGACGGGGGAGUGGCCGUGGACCGGGAGAGGACAGUAGGACAGUGGUUCCAGGUACAAGCAUGGAGAAAAAGGAGAAGCCUCUCCCUAGGCUUAACAUUCAUUCUGCAUUUUGGAUAUUAUCAUCGAUAGCUAUUACGUAUUAUGUUGAAUUUUUUAAAGCUGUUAAGGAAAUUAUUCAAAAUGAAAGUGGGUGGUUUGUCCUUGGCAGCUGUUUAUUAGCUGUCAGUCUGUCAGUGGCAUUUUACUGCAUCUUAUACCUCGAAUGGUAUCAUGGAAUUGCAGACUAUGAAACUAGCUAUCCCACUCUUGUUCCCAUCACAACUGCUAGCUUUAUUGCUGCAGCAGUUUGUUUUAACAUUUCCUUAUGGCCUGUGUGGUCAUUUCUGACACCUCCGGUGCUCUUCAUCCAGUUUAUGGGUAUAGUCAUGCUUGUGUCCCUUUUGGGCUAGACCUUGCAGCCAACUCCAUCAACUCCACACUUCCUUUCCAAGAUGGCGCUGCCGACGGCUGCCUCGGUGAAAUACUCUCUAAUGGUUUUUUAAAAUUUUUUAUUACUCUUUGCUAUUCUCUACGGAUUUCAUGAGACCAUUUGCUAAGAAAUAAGCAAUGUUUCUUUAAGAAGCAGCUUUCUGUAACCUCAAACACCCCCCAUCCCCCACCCGUCUUUACAAACGCGGAGGAGAUUCUAACAUAGGAAGAAGCAAAUUCCCCGGAGCUAUGGAUCACCAAAAGCAAAUGCAGGAGACACUGUAAAAGAGGUAAAAAAAGGAGCCUUGGUGGCGCAGCAGACUAAAGCACCGUUAAGUAACACCAGCUGCCUGCAAUUACUGAAAGUUCAAAUCUCACCAGGCUCAAGAUUGACUCAGCCUUCCAUCCUUUCGAGGUAGGUAAAAUAAGGACCCGGUUUGCGGGGCCAAUAAGCUGACUUUGUAUAAUAAAAAGAACACCGCUUGUGGGGGGCCAAAAGCCCUACUAAGCAGGUAUAUACAAAAGUAUGAAGGCUAUUGCUUAACGCAUUGUAAGCCGCCCUGGGUCUCCGGAAAAGGGUGGCAUAUAAAUCGAACCAAUAAAUAAACAAUAAAUAAAUAAAAGAGCAGGAAUUUUGAAUAGACUAAGGAAGAGGAAGAACAAAACAACCCCGCUCCCUUCAAUCUUCCUAAUUUACGUUCACUUGCUAAUAAAAUGGAUGAAAUAUUCCUUUUAAAUAGAUGCAAUUCGGAUUUUUACAAUGCAGCAGCCCUAUGCUUCAUUGAAUCCUGGCUAAAUGAGGAAGUUGAUAACAACAGCAUGCAUAUACCAGGGUUUCAGAUAAUAAGAGCAGACAAAAUUGCAGAAUCAUCAGGUAAAAAGGGAGGAGGCUUAUGUAUAUAUAUCAACAACAGCUGGUCUCGAUUCGACCGGAAGCAUCCUGGCGAGACUGUCGGGGAUUAGCGGGCUCUGAUGAGCCUCGCGAAAUCCUGGGCUGACGAAUUGCUGCAGAGGGGUCUUCAGACUGGAUCUGUCCUGUAAGGACAGGGAAGAAAGAGAGGUACCUCGGAAGACCAAGAGGAACAGGCAAGUUCCUCGGAGAUCAGAGGAAAUUCUCUCUGACUCUGCAGUGGGGGGCGGAGGUCAUUACGAUCGCCAGUAAGCUGGGGCAACCAGACCAAGCAAUGUGCAGGAGUGGAGAAUUGAGCGGAAUAUUGAUGCCGGGUGAGUGAUAUCUUAACUCAUAGGCAGAAAGGGGGAAAAAAGGAUUUUUAAAACAAUUGUAAAUGUCCUGGCGUUAUAAUAGCGGCUAAUAGGUGUAGGAAAGGACGGAAGAAGAAGAUUAAGGCGGAAGUUAUAAAGCAACAGAACCCGAUUAGAAAUUUGUCUGUUUUGGAUUGAAAAUACUUGGAGAACUUUAAAAAAAUUAGAAGAACUAAGAACCCGAAAAGAUUCUUUCUCAAUUUGGAAACUUUAAAGGGAGGAAAUUUUUUUUAAAAAAAUGAAGAAAAAACUGUAAUAGAAAGGACUGGUUAAAGACUUUAAAUUGAAACUUAAUUGGAACAUAACGUGGAAAUUGGACUAUAUAAAUCUGGACUGAAUUUGAAAUUGAUUUGGUGUAUAUAAAGGUGAAAAGAAAGGGAAAAAAAGUCAAAUAAGUAAAAACUAUUAAAACAGACUGCAACCAAAAUGGGUGCCUUUUAAACUCGUCAAUUGUAAUUGUGGAUUGUAGAGAGCCAUCUUCAGGAGGAAAAAAAAUCGUUAUAACACUGAACUUUUGUUUUGGAAAAAGAAAAAAAAUUGGACUUUGAAAGAGAUAACAGCAUGUGAAAAAUUUUAAGGAGUGUUUGUUUACAAGCAUUUUGGCUUGGAGAGAAAAAAAGGAUUAUAACGUAACUUCAAUUGGAACAAUAUCAAUUUAGAAAGAACAAAAUGGCACAGGAAUUGAAGGAAAUAAUGAUAACGAUAUACCUAUCAUUGAAAAUGGAAAUAAGGGAAAUGACCACAAUGUUGCAUGGAAAAUGGAAACUUGAUGACCAAAAAAUUGACUUAGGAUACAUUCAAGCUGACAAAGAAACAACUAAUGAGAAGCAAGGAAAAGAGACUGAAAAUAAAGAAGAGGACAAAGACAAGGAGAUUGAUUAUGGAAAAUUAAAUGAUUAUGUGGGUAGUAAUAAUAAAAAAGAGAACUUAAAAAAUUACAUUGGGUUUAACAAUGGAAAAAAAUAGAAAAAGGGGAAAGAAACAAAAAAAGAAAAGAGGAUGGAAUAGAAAGAAUAUAAAAAACUGAAAUGAUUACAGAGAAAAGAAAAAAAGGGGAAAGGGAUGGAAAAUAAUAGGAAAGAUACAGCAAAAUAGAAGAGUAUGAUUUUAAAAAGCAAAAUGAUUAUACUGGGAUUAACAGUGGAAAGGUAAAAAGGGAAAAGAGAGUUCAGGAUUUUAAAAUACAAAAGAAAAGGGGAAAGAAAAAUUAAAAUAAAAUAAAAUAAAGAUAGAAAGGGAGAAAGAAAUGGAAGAGGAAUAUGGGGUAAAGGAAAUAAAUACUAGGGAAAAGAUGAAAUUGUAUUUUUAAUGAAGUGAUUUUAAAACCAUAUGGAAGUCAAUACGCAGAAAUGAACUGUAUUUUUAAUGAAGUGAGUUUAAAAUAUAUGGAUAUUUUUAUAUUUAUUUAUAAUUUAUAAAUUUAUAAUUUAGGGAUAUUCAGACUCAACCCCUCCAAGACUGAGUGGCUGUGGAUGCCGGCAUCUUGGGUUUCAGGCAUCCCAUCUCUUUUGAUGGGUGGGGAAAAACUUGCACCCAUUGAUAGGGCUCGCAACUUGGGUGUCCUCCUGGAUGCUCGGCUGUCCCUAGAAGACCACCUGACGGCCAUGACCAGGGGGGCCUUCGCACAGGUUCGCCUGGUGCGCCAGUUGCGCCCUUUCCUGGACCGAGAUGACCUUCGCACUGUCACUCAUGCCCUGGUUACUUCUCGCUUGGAUUACUGCAAUUCCCUCUACAUAGGCCUGCCCCUGAGAUGCACCCGGAGACUCCAGCUGAUCCAGAAUGCAGCCGCACGGGUUGUUACGGGAGCCCCUCGUUACUCCCAUAUAACACCCCUCCUGCGUGAGCUGCACUGGUUACCAGUGGUUCUCCGGGUCCGCUUCAAGGUGCUGGUUCUCACCUAUAAGGCCCUACGUGACUUAGGUCCGGGAUAUUUCCAUGACCUUCUCCUGCCUGCCUCCCACCAUCCUGUUCGCUCACAUAGGGCUGCUCUCCUCAGGGUUCCGACAGCGAGCCAAUGUUGUCUCGCGGCGCCCAGGGGUAGGGCGUUCUCUGUGGGUGCUCCUACCCUCUGGAAUGAGUUGCCUACCGAGCUCCUUCCAUCAGGACCUGAAGACUUGGCUGUUCAAGCAAAUAUUCUGACUUUUAUUAAUUAUUAUUUAUUAGUUAAUUUGGAUUAAAAUGGGAUUUUGUUGUACAUGUUUUUAACUUGUGUUCGCCGCCCUGAGUCCCUCUGGAGAAGGGCGGCAUAUAAAUACAUGAAAUAAAUAAAUAAAAUAAAUAAAUAAAUAUAUGAUGAAUGUAAUAAUUGGAAUAUUUUUAAUUAAUGAAGGGUAUUGUAACAAAUGGAAUAUUCUUAAUUAUAUAGUUGGAAUUUAACUAAAUAAGAAAAGAAAGUUGAAAUAUUGGAUUAUGAACUACCCAGAUAUAUUUAACUGGUUUUUGAUAAAAAUGUCGAAGUGUACUAUCUGGAACAAUUGAUAAAGAAAAAACUAUUUGAGAUUGGAAUAAGAGAAAGAAAAUAAUUGGGAAUUGUAUUAUAUUAUAUGAAUUUAAAUGUAGAGGUAUUGGAGUAAGAUUGAUACUUAAUUGAUUUUUUAUUGAAUAUGCUUAAUUGUUGAAAUGUAUUAUUUGGAAUAGUUAAUAAAAGAAACAUUGGUGAUUGGAAUAAGAGAAUUUAAGGUAAUAAUUGGGGAUUGUAUUAUGUUAUGUGAAGUUAAAUUUAGGGGUUCAAAUUUUAAGGAGGGAAAAGAAAAAAUGAACUAUAUUAGGAUGAGAAGUUAAGAUGAAGGGUAAUAUUGGUUUCUUAGAAUUAGAGAGAAUAAAUGAUUUGAGAAAAAUUAUAUAUAAAAUUGUGUUAAAGAUGAACAAAAAUCUGUAUAAAUUUAAAACCGGGCCAAUAUUCUGUUCAGAAAAGAUGCAUUGUAUGUUUGUUUGUGUGUUUAAAAAAUAAAAAAAACUUUACUAAAAAAAACACAACAGCUGGUCUCAGGAUAUAAUUACAAUACAUAAAUUCUGUGAUGAAAACUUAGAGUCUUUAUUUAUCAACUGUAAACCAUUUUACUCUCCAUGUGAGUUUUCCUCAUUUCUCCUAAUUGCUGUGUAUGUUCCUCCACAAGCCUGUGUAAACAAGGCAUUACGAACUCUAGCUGACCAGAUUUUGGAGGCUGAAGCCAAAUACCCAGAUUCACUGGCCAUUAUUUUAGGUGAUUUCAACAAAGGUAACUUAAGGAAAGAGCUUCCAAAAUAUUUUCAGCGUGUCAGUUGUCCCACUACAGUCAAGAAUACUUUAGACCAGUGGUUCUCAACCUUCCUAAUGCUGUGACCCUUUAAUACAGUUUCACAUGUUGUGGUGACCCCCAACAAUAAAAUUAUUCCUAAAACCAUUGAAAAUAUUUGUUUUCCGAUGGUCUUAGGCGACCCCUGUGAAAGGGUCAUUCGAUCCCCAAAGGUGUCCCGACCCACAGGUUGAGAACCACUGCUUUAGACCAUUGCUACACAGCACUAAAAUAUGCUUAUCAGUCCUUACCACGAGCAGCUGUGGGACACUCUGAUAAUUGCAUGAUUCACCUUGUACCUGCCUACAGACAAAGACUUAAAACCAUGAAACCAACAAUUAAAUCAGUGAGGACCUGGACUAAGGAGGCAUAGCUAAAGCAACAGGCCUGCCUUGACUGCACUGAUUGGAAUGUUUUCGAAAAUACCUCUGCAGACUUAGAUGAACUUACAGAUACUGUAACAUCAUAUGUCAGCUUCUGUGAAGACCUAUGUGUACCCACCAGGAACUUGUGAAUACACAGUAACAAUAAACCUUGGUUCAUAGCUACCCUUAAGCAGCUAUGUCAUACCAAAGAGGAAGCCUACAGAAAAGGUGAUAGAAUGCUGUACAAUCAGGCCAGAAACGUAUUAACAAGGGAGAUCAGAACAGCAAAAAGAAGCUACUCUGAAAAGCUAAGAAAUCAGUUCUCAACAAACAAGCCAGCAAACAUGGAAAACUCUUAAAAAUAUCACCCAUUAUGGCAAACCUCCUUCCCAGGCUGAAGGAAAUCAACAACUGGCAGAUGACCUUAAUGUGUUUUACUGCAGGUUUGAAAGGAAACUACAGCCACCUAUCUCCACAACCCCCAUCCUAGACACACCAACAACAGCCAAACCUUCUUCAACUGACCCCAUCCCAUUGGGUUCACAACCCCUGGUGAUCACAGAAAAGGAAGUGCAAGAUCUAUUUCGCAGACAAAAGCCAGGAAAAGUCCUACAACAUCUUGAAUCUCCAAAGAUCUAUGCAAGGGUCCUCUUUGUAGACUUUAGUUCAGCAUUCAAUACCAUCAUACCUGACAUUCUUCUAACUAAACUAAAUCAGCUAGCGGUACCUGAAUACACUUGUAAGUGGAUCACAAGUUUCCUAACAGACAGGAAGCAGCAGGUGAAGCUAAGCAAAAUCACAUCAGAUACCUAUACAAUUAGCACAGGGCCCGCCCAAGGAUGUGUGCUUUCUCCUCUUAUCUCUAUAUACCAAUGCCGAUCCAUCUGUUAAAUUACUGAAGUUGCAGGUGAUACAACAUUUAUUGGUCUCAUUCGAGUCAAUGAUGAAUCCGCAUAUAGAUGGGAGGUUGAACAACUAGCCUUGUGGUCCGACCGGAACAAUCUGGAACUGAACACACUCAAAACCGUAGAAAUGGUGGUAGACUUUAGGAGAAACCCUCCCCUACUACCACCUCUUACAAUACUAGACAACACAGUAUCAACAGUAGAGACCUUCAAAUUUCUAGGUUCUAUCAUAUCGCAAGACCUAAAAUGGACACCUAACAUCAAAAACGUCAUCAGAAAAGCACAACAAAGAAUGUUCUUUCUGCGCCAACUCAGGCAGCUCAAAUUGUCCAAGGAGCUGCUGAUACAGUUCUACAGAGGAACUAUUGAGUCUGUCAUCUGCACCUCUAUAACUGUCUGGUUUGGUUCUGCAACCCAACAAGACAGACACAGACUUCAGAGGAUAAUUAGAACCGCAGAAAAAACAAUUACUACCAACCUUUCUUCCAUUGAGGACCUGUAUACUGUAAGAGUCAAAAAGAGGGCUGUGAAAAUAUUUACAGACCCCUCACAUCCUGGACAUAAAUUGUUUCAACUCUUACCCUCAAAACAACGCUAUAGAGCAGUGCACACCAAGACAACUAGAUACAAGAACAUUAAUUUCCCGAAUGCCAUCACUUUGCUAAACAAAUAAUUCCCUCAACACUGUCAAACUAUUCACAUUAGGCUGCAUUACUAUUGCUAUUAAUCUUCUCAUCGUUCCUAUCACCCAUCUCCUCCCACUUGUGACUGCAUGACUGUAACUUUGUUGCUUGUAUCCUUGUGAUUUAUAUUGAUAUUGAUAUUGAUUGUUUCCUAGUAUGAUUUGAUUACUUAUUGUACCGUAUGACUGCCACUGGGUGUUGUGCCUUGUGAUUCUUGACGAAUGUAUCUUGUCUUUUAUGUACACUGAGAGCAUAUGCACCAAAGACAAAUUCCUUGUGUGUCCAGUCACACUUGGCCAAUAAAGAAUUUUAUUCUGUUCUGUUCUGUUCUAUUCUGUUUCCCAUUCCCAUUCAUCCAUAGUAGGAAUCGAAGUGUCCUUCCAUUUCUGUGCUGCUGUCCACAUAUAUAAUAACAAAGUUCCAAAUUUUUUCUCUAGUUCUUUUUCCAUUAGGCCCAAAAGGAAAAGUUCUAGUUUCAUUUUUAUCUCCAUUUUCAAAAUUUUCUGUAUUAAAAUAUGAAUCAUACUCCAAUUUUUUUUUCCUUUAUUGCACGUCCACCAUAGAUGAUAAAAAGUCCUUUCUUUACUUUUACACUUCCAACGUUCAUUUAACAUACCUUUAUACAUCUUAGAUAACUUAUCUGGUGUUAAAUACCAACGGUACAUCAUUUUACAGAAAUUUUCUUUUAGAUUAUAAUUUAAUGUAAAUUUUAAACCCUUCGUCCACAUAUUUUCCCAUUCUUCAAGCAUCACAUUAUAUCCAAAAUUCCUUGCCCACUGAAUCAUACAAUGUUUUACAUGUUUUUUUCCAAAUUCAAUUUCAAUAACAUUUUAUAGUUCUUAGCAAUAAUAUGUUCAUUGUUGCCACAUAAUAAAAUUUCCAAUUAAUUUUUAACAAAGUCAAAUCCAUAGCACUUUUUGUCCAGUUUAAAUCUUUCUUUCAGUUGUUGAUAAGUAAACCAAUGGCAAACAUAACCUUCUGAUUCAAGUUCCUCUCUUGGCUUUAGUAUUGGGUCACCAGAGUUGAAAGAUAAAAUUUUACCAUACAUCAACCAGUCUGGCUUCGCCACCAUUUCUUUUCUAAAAAAAAGCUUCCAGGGAUGACAGGCAGCUUCAUAGAGAACCUUGUAUUAUAUUUAUUCCAAACUCUUAGUAUGGCAUGUGUAACAAAAUGAUUAUUAAAAUCAACAUUAACUUUACUUUAUCAUACCAUAAGUAUGAUAAUGCCAUCCAAACCUUAAUUCAUGGUCCUGUAAUUCAAGUAACCUCUUAUUCUGGGAGACUCAGCAAUUCGUUUGCUCAGAUCAAACAGCAUGCAUCAAAAUACAAUUUAAUAUCUGGUAGAUGCAAACCCCCUCUUUCCUUAGCAUCCUGCAGUAGCUUAUAUCUAAUUCUUGGUUUUUUCCCUUGCCAUAUGAAUUUAGAAAUGUCCUUCUGCCAUUAUUUAAAUGGAUUGUCAGUUGUAAGUAUUGGUAACGUCUGAAAUAAUUUAUUAUUUAUUUAGUGUAUGGCUGAUCACACACAAUAUUAAAACACUUCAUUUUUAUAGGUUAAAACAAUUUUUAAAAAGCAGUAAGAAAACCUAAGAGGAAAACAAAGAACAUUUCAGAGUUUAAUGUCGAGUUUGGAGAUCCAGUCAGUAGCUGUCGUUGUUAUGCAGAGGAAGUCCCUAAAAUCUCCUGGAUACCUUCUGUUAGAGCAUUCCCUCACUAUAUGUUGGAUAGUCUGUCGGGGGGGGCCCGUAAUUACAUUGCGCUGAAGGUGUCUUUCCCCAUUUAUACAAGGAGUUGGCACACACCCCAUGAGUCGUUCUAAUUCUAUUGUAUGUCACCCAUGUGUGUCGGGGUAGAUUAAAUCCUGGAGGUAUACUAUUAGGAUUAAUAUGCUCAAAAAUAUCUUGGGGGGAAUAGCUACUCCACGCUUCCAUCCACUUUUGUGUGGUGUUCUGAUGAUCGGCCAGCAGCUUAAGCGCUGUCAAGAGUGGUGGAUUUUUUGACUUUAAUCAGCAUCUUAAGAGAUCAGGAAUGUAGCCAUGAAUGGGUAGAGAGGAAUUUAACAGGAUCUUACUAUACUCCCGAAUGAGAGCUUCUUGUCGUCGUAAGUGCGGGGGAAGUAUGUGACUAAGAACUGGUAGCCAGUAACUAGGUGUAGAUUUUGUGCACCCAGUAAUUAGCCUCAUCGUAUGGUUAAGUUGAACAUCAAUAAGUCCUGUAUGUGAGCUGUUUAUCCAUACAGGUGCGCAGUAUUCUGCUGCAGAGUAGCAAAGCCCGAGGGCUGCACAUCGAAGAGUUGGGGCUGAAGCUCCCCAAGUUGUUCCGCAUAGUUUUUGUAGAAU